CCCACUUAAUGAGUAUGUUGGCCCGUCCUCUUCUCCCGUUUCGAUGUCACUCAGAGUCAGGUCUUCAGGACUCAGCGGUGAGAGCUGAAACUUUUCCCACAGAGCAGAAAGAGAGCGAUCACAGAGGAGGAAAACUUCUCUUUCUCUGUUUCUCUGUCAGAAGUUUGAUGUUUUGGACUCUUCAGCAGAGACAUGAGACUGCAGAGAAGAACCUGCUGAGACAGACGGACAGACAUGGACAAACAGAAAGUUCUGGCUAAGCUGAUCUGGGACUUGCAGUCGUUCCUGUCUGUUCUGGACUCAGAGAACUUGAGUUAUAUCGCUCAGGCUCAGAAGAAAUCCAUCUCAGAGCUGCUGUCCAAACUGCAAACAAACGACACUCCUGUGGAAGAUGCCGAGUACAUGAUCAUGAGCUGUCCAUCAUCGUCUCCUAGCAACGAGCUGACAGACACACCUGGCACAGAGGGAGUUGGGUCGUCUGAGCUCGACUCGCCUGUGUGGCUGAGAAACUCGAUUCAGGGUCCUGUGGUGCCGCCUCUCCCUCCAGGAGGCCUGGGUGGUGAUGAUGAUGAAGAUACAUACGAGGAGGCAGCACCUUACAUAGCUGACACAACCACCUCUAACACGGAGAAGGUGGAGUCAGACAGCAGUCACUACGAGUCGUACGGGGAGGAAGAUGACGAUGACGAGGAGCCUGUGAAGGACAGAGCUCACUACCUCCGAUGGAGUGCCUCGCAGCCCUGCCUAAGGCCCAUCCCCGAGUCCCGCCUCUGUGGUUAUCUGUGGAGGAGGAAGUGGCUCGGACAAUGGACCAAACAGCUGUUCAUCAUCAGGAACGACGUGCUGCUGUGUUAUAAGUGUGCUCAGGACCUGCUGCCUCAGAUGGAGUUGAGCUUGCGCGGUUGUCAGCUCGCCUACAAGUCAAAGAGCAACAGGAAGAUCCAGCACCAGCUCAAACUGGUUCUACUGGGAUCUGAGUCUCUGGUGCUGGGAUACAGCAGCUUCCAGCAGGCCGAUGAGUGGAAGAGGGUGAUGGAGGAGGUGAGUGUCGGAUGUGAAGCUAAGUCUCAGAGCUGCUCGUCUCUGAACAAAUCAGACCAGAUGCUGUCCUGCAGGUCCAGUACAGUCCUGUCUGACUCUGAGGAGGAGAAACAUUCAGCCCACUGCAGCCUCAACACAAACAAAGGUUUCCUGAGCGUGCUGAUGAACUGUCAGUGGCAGAGUUUACGGUGUCAAGUGGAGGCCGGUCUCCUCAACAUGUUCGGACAGGAAGAGGAGGACGAGGAGGAGGGAGGGGAGCUGGAGAGUAAGCGGUCACCUCAGUACACCGUCCAGCUGAGAGGGUGUGAGGUCAAACCUGGACCAGACACUGAUUACUCCUACAGGAUCACACUGAGCAUGCUCGGUGACCAGGUGGCUGUGCUGGAGGUAAGUAGUUUAGAAGAAAAGGAGCGCUGGUUAAAGCUUCUGCAGGACGGAGCUGGCAAUCACAGUCACCAUGACAACAACCCAAAGGAAUACACAGGUGGAUCUCUCAGUGGCUUGCAGAUUCGAAGGUUUCCCGCCUCAAACACCUACAUGGACGACCCUUUCCGUCUGAGCGGAGAAGGCCGAGGCCAGCCCAUCUACUCCAACACCUCCAUCCUAGAGCACAUGAUGAGCAGCUCUCAGGACUCUGUUCACUGCAGCUCGGUGUCCUCCAGAGACUCAAUGACCUACAGCAACACCGUCUUCACAACACAAAGCAGGAAGUCGGCAGACUUUGAGCGGGCCGUUCAGAAGCUGGAGCUGACGGGGAAGAGGUCGGUGCAGCUGAGGGCGGGGUCAGAGACCAACCUGGCAUCUGUCGGGAAGCAGAACAAACGCACGUUCAGACAGUCGCUGGCCGUCUGCACUGAGCGCGCUCAGGCUGGUUUCCUGAAUCCUCUGCUGAGACGGACGGCCUCGGCUAAGAACUCUCUGAAGCGAGCUCCUUCAGCGCUGUUCAUCGAACACGGGAAGGUUUUCCAGAGACGGAAGGAGUGGGAAACCAAAGCUGCUGCUUGACAUCGUUGUCCGUGUGAUCAUCACAUCAAGUGAAGAGCCUCCAAAGAACACAAAGUGCAUUUCAUUUCAAGGGACAAACUCUGAGUUGUUGUUUCUAACAUAAUGUCAGUGUUUGCCUCUCUGACUGCUGAAGACUUUAACAGUCUGUGGUUCUAAUAUAACAUUAGUUUGGCCUUUAUCCUCCUGAUACUCGCUGUGUGAUAAACCUGGAAGACAACGUCUGCUUUGCAUUAAGGGGAGUUAAGUUAUGUUUUUGUUGGUUUCUUUGAUUGCAAGCGAGCGCUGAAAAGAAGAUUUUUCUUCUUGCUGUAGCAACAACAUGUCAAUCACAGGAGGCCCCGCCCUAAAA